AUGGACGUGGACGUGGACGUGGACGUGGACGUGGACGUGGACGUGGACGUGGACGUGGAGAUGGACGUGGACGUGGACGUGGACGUGGACGUGGACGUGGACGUGGACGUGGACAUGGACGUGGACGUGGACGUGGACGUGGACGUGGACGUGGAGAUGGACGUGGACGUGGACGUGGACGUGGACAUGGACGUGGACGUGAACAUGGACGUGGACAUGGACGUGGACGUGGAUGUGGUCGUGGACGUGGACGUGGACGUGGACGUAGACCUGGACGUGGACGUGGACGUGGACGUGGACGUGGUCGUGGACGUGGACGUGGACGUGGUCGUGGACGUGGACGUGGACGUGGUCGUGGACGUGGACGUGGACGUGGACGUGGUCGUGGACGUGGACGUGGACGUGGACGUGGUCGUGGACGUGGACGUGGACAUAGACGUGGAAGUGGAGGACGUGGACGUGGACAUGGACGUGACGUGGACGUGGACGUGGACGUGGACGUGGACAUGGACGUGGACGUGGACGUGGACGUGGACAUGGACGUGGACUGGACGUGGACGUGGACAUGGACGUGGACGUGACAUGGACGUGGACGUGGACGUGGACGUGGACGUGGUCGUGGACGUGGACGUGGACGUGGACCGGUCGUGGACGUGGACGUGGACGUGGACAUGGACGUGGACGUGGACGUGGACGUGGAAGUGGAUGUGGUCGUGGACAUGGACGUGGACGUGGACCGGUCGUGGACGUCGACGUGGACGUGGACAUGGACGUGGACGUGGACGUGGACGUGGAGGACUUGGACGUGGACGUGGACGUGGACGGGGACAUGGACGUGGACGUGGACGUGGACGUGGACGUGGACAUGGACGUGGAGGACGUGGACGUGGACAUGGACGUGGACGUGGACGUGGACGUGGACGUGGAAGUGGACGUGGACGUGGACGUGGACGUGGACAUGGACGUGGACGUGGACGUGGACGUGAACGUGGACGUGGACAUGGAGGUGGACGUGGACCGGUCGUGGACGUGGACGUGGACAUGGACGUGGACGUGGACGUGGACGUGGAGGACUUCGACGUGGACGUGGACGUGGACGGGGACAUGGACGUGGACGUGGACGUGGACGUGGACGUGGACGUGGACAUGGACAUAGACAUGGACGUGGACGUGGACAUGGACGUGGACGUGGACGUGGACAUGGACGUGGACGUGGACGUGGACGUGGACAUGGACGUGGACGUGCACUUGGACGUGGACGUGGACGUUGUCGUGGACGUGGACGUGGACGUGGACGUGGACGUGGACGUGGACGUGGAGAUGGACGUAGACAUGGACGUGGACGUGGACGUGGACGUGGACGUAGACCUGGACGUGGACAUGGACGUGGACGUGGACGUGGACCUUGUCGUGGACGUGGACGUGGACGUGGACGUGGACGUGGUCGUGGACGUGGACGUGGACGUGGACGUGGACAUGGUCGUGGUGGUGGACGUGGACGUGGACAUGGACGUGGACGUGGACGUGGACGUGGACGUGGACGUGGACGUGGACGUGGACAUGGACGUGGACGUGGACGUGGACGUGGACGUGGACGUGGACGUGGACGUGGACGUGGACGUGGACCUUGUCGUGGACGUGGACGUGGACGCGGACGGGGACGUGGACGCGGACGGGGACGCGGACGCGGACGCGGACGCGGACGUGGACGCGGACGGGGACGCGGACGCGGACGCGGACGCACGUCUGCGGACGGGGACGCGGACGCGGACGCACGUCUGCGGACGGGGACGCGGACGUGGACGCCGACGCGGACGUGGACGUGGACGUGGACGUGGACGUGGACGUGGACAUGGACGUGGACGUGGACGUGGACGUGGACAUGGUCGUGGUGGUGGACGUGGACGUGGACAUGGACGUGGACGUGGACGUGGACGUGGACGUGGACGUGGACGUGGACGUGGACGUGGACGUGGACGUGGACAUGGACGUGGACGUGGACGUGGACGUGGACGUGGACGUGGACGUGGACGUGGACGUGGACGUGGACGUAGACGUGGACGUGGACGUGGACGUGGACGUGGACGUGGACGUGGACGGGACGUGGACGUGGACGGGACGUGGACGUGGACGUGGACAUGGACGUGGACGUGGACGUGGACGUGGACUGGACGUGGACGUGGACAUGGACGUGGACGUGGACGUGGACGUGGACGUGGUCAUCGACGUGGACGUGGACGUGGACGUGGACGUGGACGUGGACGGUGGACGUGGACGUGGACAUGGACGUGGACGUGGACGUGGACGUGGACGUGGACAGGACGUGGACGUGGACGUGGACGUGGACAUGGACGUAGACGUGGACGUGGACGUGGACGUGGACGUGGACGUGGACGUGGACGUGGACGUGGACGUGGACGUGGACGACGUGGACGUGGACAUGGACGUGGACGUGGACGUGGACGUGGACGUGGACGUGGACCUGGACGUGGACGUGGACGUGGACGUGGACGUGGACGUGGACAUGGACGUGGACGUGGACGUGGACGUGGACAUGGACGUGGACGUGGACGUGGACGUGGACCUGGACGUGGACGUGGACGUGGACGUGGACGUGGACGUGGACGUGGACGUGGACCUGGACAUGGACCUGGACGUGGACCUGGACGUGGACGUGGACGUGGACGUGGACGUGGACGUGGAACUGGACGUGGACGUGAACUGGACGUGGACGUGGACGUGGACAUGGACGUGGACGUGGACGUGGACGUGGACGUGGACGUGGACGUGGACGUUGUCGUGGACGUGGACGUGGACGUGGACGUGGACAUUGUCGUGGACGUUGACGUGGACGUGGACCUUGUCGUGGACGUGGACGUGGACGUGGACGUGGACGUGGACGCGGACGUGGACGCGGACGGGGACGCGGACGCGGACGCCGACGCGGACGUGGACGUGGACGUGGACGUGGACGUGGACGUGGACGUGGACGUGGACGUGGACCUGGACGUGGACCUGGACGUGGACCUGGACGUGGACGUGGACGUGGACGUGAACGUGGACAUGGACGUGGACGUGGACAUGGACCUAGACGUGGACGUGGACGUGGACGUGGCCGUGGACGUGGACGGGACGUGGACGUGGACGUGGACGGGACGUGGACGUGGACGUGAACGUGGACGUGGACGUGGACGCGUGGACGUAGACGUGGACGUGGACAUGGACGUGGACGUGGACCUGGACGUGGACGUGGACGUGGACGUGGACGUGGAGAUGGACGUGGACGUGGACGUGGACGUGGACGUGGACGUGGACGUGGACAUGGACGUGGACGUGGACGUGGACAUGGACGUGGACGUGGACGUGCACGUGGACGUGGACGUGGACGUGGACGUGGACGUGGAGAUGGACGUGGACAUGGACGUCGACGUGGACAUGGACGUGGACGUGAACAUGGACGUGGACAUGGACGUGGACGUGGACGUGGUCGUGGACGUGGGCGUGGACGUGGACGUAGACCUGGACGUGGACGUGGACGUGGACGUGGACGUGGACGUGGACGUGGUCGUGGACGUGGACGUGGACGUGGUCGUGGACGUGGACGUGGACGUGGACGUGGACGUGGACGUGGUCGUGGACGUGGACGUGGACGUGGACGUGGUCGUGGACGUGGACGUGGACAUAGACGUGGAAGUGGAGGACGUGGACGUGGACGUGGACGUGGACGUGGACGUGGACGUGGACGUGGACGUGGACGUGGACCGGUCGUGGACGUGGACGUGGACGUGGACAUGGACGUGGACGUGGACGUGGACGUGGACGUGGAAGUGGAUGUGGUCGUGGACAUGGACGUGGACGUGGACCGGUCGUGGACGUCGACGUGGACGUGGACAUGGACGUGGACGUGGACGUGGACGUGGAGGACUUGGACGUGGACGUGGACGUGGACGGGGACAUGGACGUGGACGUGGACGUGGACGUGGACGUGGACAUGGACGUGGAGGAGGUGGACGUGGACAUGGACGUGGACGUGGACGUGGACGUGGACGUGGACGUGGAAGUGGACGUGGUCGUGGACAUGGACGUGGACGUGGACCGGUCGUGGACGUGGACGUGGACGUGGACAUGGACGUGGACGUGGACGUGGACGUGGAGGACUUGGACGUGGACGUGGACGUGGACGGGGACAUGGACGUGGACGUGGACGUGGACGUGGACAUGGACCUGGACGUGGACGUGGACGUGGACGUGGACGUGGACGUGGACGUGGACAUGGACAUAGACAUGGACGUGGACAUGGACAUGGAGAUGGACGUGGACAUGGACAUGGACAUGGACGUGGACGUGGACGUGGACAUGGACGUGGACAUGGACGUGCACUUGGACGUGGACGUGGACAUUGUCGUGGACGUGGACGUGGACAUUGUCGUGGACGUGGACGUGGACGUGGACGUGGACGUGGACGUAGACGUGGCCGUGGACGUGGACGUGGACAUGGAGAUGGACGUGGACGUGGACGUGGACGUGGACAUGGACGUGGACGUGGACAUGGACAUAGACGUGGACGUGGACAUGGACAUGGAGAUGGACGUGGACGUGGACGUGGACAUGGACGUGGACGUGGACGUGGACGUGGACAUGGACGUGGACAUGGACGUGCACUUGGACGUGGACGUGGACAUUGUCGUGGACGUGGACGUGGACAUUGUCGUGGACGUGGACGUGGACGUGGACGUAGACGUGGACGUGGACGUGGCCGUGGACGUGGACGUGGACGUUGACGUGGACGUGGACGUGGACGUGGACGUGGACGUGGACGUGGACAUGGACGUGGACAUGGACGUGGACGUGGACGUGGACGUGGACGUGGAGAUGGACGUAGACAUGGACGUGGACGUGGACGUGGACGUGGACGUAGACCUGGACGUGGACAUGGACGUGGACGUGGACGUGGACGUGGACCUUGUCGUGGACGUGGACGUGGACGUGGACGUGGACGUCGUCGUGGACGUGGACGUGGACGUGGACGUGGACGUGGACGUGGACAUGGACGUGGACGUGGACGUGGACGUGGACCUGGACCUGGACGUGGACCUGGAAGUGGACGUGCACUUGGACGUGGACGUGGACAUUGUCGUGGACGUGAACAUGGACAUUGUCGUGGACAUUGUCGUGGACGUGGACGUGGACAUGGACGUGGACGUGGACGUGGACGUGGACGUGGAAGUGGACGUGGAAGUGGACGUGUACGUGGACGUGGACGUGGACGUGGACGUGGACAUGGACGUGGACGUGGACGUGGACGUGGACGUGGACCUUGUCGUGGACGUGGACGUGGACGUGAACGUGGACGUGGACGCGGACGCGGACGCGGACGGGGACGUGGACGCGGACGCGGACGCGGACGUGGACGCGGACGGGGACGCGGACGCGGACGCGGACGCACGUCUGCGGACGGGGACGCGGACGCGGACGCACGUCUGCGGACGUGGACGCCGACGUGGACGUGGACGCGGACGUGGACGGGGACGUGGACGUGGACGUGGACGUGGACGUGGACGUGGACGUGGAUGUGGACGUGGACAUGGUCGUGGUGGUGGACGUGGACGUGGACAUGGACGUGGACGUGGACGUGGACGUGGACGUGGACGUGGACGUGGACGUCGACGUCGACGUGGACGUGGACAUGGACGUGGACGUGGACGUGGACGUGGACGUGGACCUGGACGUGGACGUGGACGUGGACGUGACGUGGACGUGGACGGGACGUGGACGUGGACGUGGACAUGGACGUGGACGUGGACGUGGACGUGGACUGGACGUGGACGUGGACGUGGACGUGGACGUGGACGUGGACGUGGACGUGGACAGGACGUGGACGUGGACGUGGACGUGGACAGGACGUGGACGUGGACGUGGACGUGGACAGGGGACGUGGACGUGGACGUGGACGUGGACGUGGACGUGGACGUGAACGUGGACGUGGACGUGGACGUGGACGUGAACGUGGACGUGGACGUGGACGUGGACCUGGACGUGGACGUGGACGUGGACGUGGACGUGGACGUGGACGUGGACGUGGACGUGGACGUGGACGUGGACAUGGACGUGGACGUGGACCUGGACGUGGACCUGGACGUGGACGUGGACGUGGACGUGGACGUGGACGUGGACGUGGACGUGGACGUGGAACUGGACGUGGACGUGGACGUGGAACUAGACGUGGACGUGGACGUGGACGUGGACGUGGACGUGGACGUUGUCGUGGACGUGGACGUGGACGUGGACGUGGACGUGGACGUGGACGUGGACGUGGACAUUGUCGUGGACGUGGACGUGGACGUGGACGUGGACGUGGUCAUGGACAUGGACGUGGACGUGGACGUGUACGUGGACGUGCACGUGGACGUGGACGUGCACAUGGACGUGAACGUGGACGUGGACAUGGACGUGGACGUGGACGUGGCCAUGGACGUGGACGUGGACGUGGCCGUGGACGUGGACGUGGACGUGGACGUGGACCUGGACGUGGACAUGGACGUGGACGUGGACGUGGACGUGGACGUGGACAUUGUCGUGGACGUGGACGUGGACGUGGACGUGGACGUGGCCGUGGACAUUGUCGUGGACGUGGACGUGGCCAUGGACGUGGACGUGGACGUGGACGUGGCCGUGGACGUGGACAUGGACGUGGACGUGCACAUGGACGUGGACGUGGACGUGGACGUGGACGUGGACAUUGUCGUGGACGUGGACGUGGACGUGGCCAUGGACGUGGCCAUGGACGUGGACGUGGACGUGGACGUGGACGUGGUCCUGGACGUGGACGUGGACGUGGACGUGGACGUGCACAUGGACGUGGACGUGGACGUGGACGUGGACGUGGCCAUGCACGUGGCCAUGGACGUGGCCAUGGACGUGGACGUUGACGUGGACGUGGCCGUGGACGUGGCUGUGGACGUGGACGUGGACGUGGACGUGGACGUGGACGUGGACGUGGACGUGGACGUGGACGUGGCCGUGGACGUGGACGUGGACGUGGACGUGGACGUGGACGUGGCCGUGGACGUGGCCGUGGACGUGGCCGUGGACGUGGACGUGGACGUGGCCGUGGACGUGGCCAUGGACGUGGACGUGGACGUGGACGUGGCCGUGGACGUGGCCGUGGCCGUGGACGUGGCCGUGGACGUGGCCGUGGACGUGGACCUGGACGUGGACGUGGACGUGGACGUGGACGUGGACAUUGUCGUGGACGUGGACGUGGACGUGGACGUGGACAUUGUCGUGGACGUGGACGUGGUUAUGGACGUGGACGUGGACAUGGACGUGGACGUCCACAUGGAUGUGGACGUAGACGUGGACGUGGACGUGGACCUGGACGUGGACGUGGACGUGCACAUGGACGUGGACGUGGACGUGGAGGACUUGGACGUGGACGUGGACGUUGACGUGGACGUGGACGUGGACGUGGACGUCGACGUGGACGUGGACAUGGACGUGGACGUGGACGUGGACGUGGACGUGGACGACGUGGACGUGGACGUGGACAUGGACGUGGACGUGGACGUCGUGGACGUGGACGCGGACAUGGACGUGGACACGGACGUGGACGUGGACGUGGACGUGGACGUGGUCGUGGACGUCGUGGACGUGGACGCGGACAUGGACGUGGACACGGACGUGGACGUGGACGUGGACGUGGACGUGGUCGUGGACGACGUGGACGUGGACGUGGACGUGGUCGUGGACGACGUGGACGUGGACGUGGACGGGGACGUGGACGUAGACGUGGACGCGGACGUGGACGCGGACGUGGACGUCGACGUGGACGUGGACGCGGACGUGGACGUGGACGUGGACGUGGACGUGGACGUGGACGUGGACGUGGACGUGGACGUGGACGUGGACGUGGACGUGGACGUGGACAUGGACAUGGACAUAGACAUGGACGUGGACGUGGACGUGGACAUGGACGUGGACAUGGACGUGGACAUGGACGUGGACAUGGACGUGGACGUGGACAUGGGCGUGGACAUAGACAGGGACGUGGACGUGGACGUGGACGUGGACGUGGACGUGGUCGUGGACGUGGAGGUGGACGUGGACGUGGACGUGGAGGUGGACGUGGACGUGGACGUGGACGUGGACGUGGACGUGGACGUGGACGUGGAGGUGGACGUGGACGUGGACGUGGAGGUGGACGUGGACGUGGACGUGGACGUGGAGGUAGACGUGGACGUGGACGUGGACGUGGACGUGGACGUGGACGUGGACGUGGACAUGGACGUGGACAUGGACGUGGACGUGGAGGUAGACGUGGACAUGGACGUGGACGUGGACAUGGACGUGGACGUGGAGGUAGACGUGGAGGUAGACGUGGACAUGGACGUGGACGUGGACGUGGACGUGGACAUGGACGUGCACAUGGACGUGGACAUGGACGUGGACAUGGACGUGGACGUGGACGUGGACGUGAACGUGGACAUGGACGUGAACGUGGACGUGGACAUGGACGUGGACGUGGACAUGGACGUGGACAUGGACGUGGACGUGGACGAAGACGUGGACGUGGACGUGGACGUGGAAGUGGACGUGGACGUGAACGUGGACGUGAACGUGGACAUGGACGUAGACGUGGACGUGGAGGACUUUGACGUGGACAUGGACGUGGACGUGGACGUGGACGUGGACGUGGACGUGGACGUGGACAUGGACGUGGACAUGGACGUGGACGUGGAGGUAGACGUGGACAUGGACGUGGACGUGGACAUGGACGUGGACGUGGAGGUAGACGUGGAGGUAGACGUGGACAUGGACGUGGACGUGGACGUGGACGUGGACAUGGACGUGCACAUGGACGUGGACAUGGACGUGGACAUGGACGUGGACGUGGACGUGGACGUGAACGUGGACAUGGACGUGAACGUGGACGUGGACAUGGACGUGGACGUGGACAUGGACGUGGACAUGGACGUGGACGUGGACGAAGACGUGGACGUGGACGUGGACGUGGAAGUGGACGUGGACGUGAACGUGGACGUGAACGUGGACAUGGACGUAGACGUGGACGUGGAGGACUUUGACGUGGACAUGGACGUGGACGUGGACGUGGACGUGGACGUGGACGUGGACAUGGACGUGGACAUGGACGUGGACGUGGACGUGGACGUGGACGUGGUCAUGGACGUGGACGUGGACGUGGACGUGGACGGGGACGUGGACGUGGACGUGGACACGGACGUGGACGUGAACGUGGAGGACUUGGACGUGGAGGACUUGGACGUGGACGUGGACGUGGACGUGGACGUGGACGUGGACGUGGACGUGGACAUGGACGUGGACAUGGACGUGGACGUGGACGUGGACGUGGACGUGGUCAUGGACGUGGACGUGGACGUGGACGUGGACGGGGACGUGGACGUGGAUGUGGACACGGACGUGGACGUGAACGUGGAGGACUUGGACGUGGAGGACUUGGACGUGGACGUGGACGUGGACGUGGACGUGGACGUGGACGUGGUCGUGGACGUGGAUGUGGACAUGGACGUGGUCGUGGUCGACGUGGACGUGGAGGACGUGGACGUGGACGUGGAGGACGUGGACGUGGACGUGGUCGUGGACGUGGACGUUGACGUGGACGUGGACGUGGAGGACUUGGACGUGGACAUGGACGUGGACGUGGACGUGGACGUGGACGUGGACGUGGACGUGGACGUGGACGUGGACGUGGACGUGGACGUGGACGUGGACGUGGACCUGGACGUGGACGUGGACGUGGACGUGGACGUGGACGUGGACGUGGACGUGGACCUGGACGUGGACGUGGACGUGGACGUGGACGUGGACGUGGACGUGGACGUGGACGUGGACGUGGACGUGGACGUGGACGUAGACAUGGACGUGGACGUGGACGUGGACCUGGACGUGGACGUGGACGUGGACGUGGACGUGGACGUGGACGUGGACGUGGACAUGGACGUGGACGUGGACGUGGACGUGGACGUGGACGUGGAAGUGGACGUGGACGUGGACGUGGACGUGGACGUGGACGUGGACGUGGACGUGGACAUGGACGAGGACGUGGACGUGGACGUGGACGUGGACAUGGACGUGGACGUGGACGUGGACAUGGUCGUGGACGUGGACGUGGACGUAGACGUGGACGUGGACGUGGACGUGGACGUGGACGUGGAGAUGGACGUGGACAUGGACUUGGACGUGGAGAUGGACUUGGACAUGGACUUGGACGUGGACGUGGACGUGGACGUGGACGUGGACGUGGACGUGGACGUGGAGGUGGACGUGGAGCUGGACGUGGAGAUGGACGUGGACGUGGAGGUGGACGGGGACGGGGACGUGGACGUAGACGUGGACGCGGACGUGGACGCGGACGUGGACGUGGACGUGGACGUGGACGCGGACGUGGACGCGGACGUUGACGUGGACGUGGACGUGGACGUGGACGUGGACGCGGACGUGGACGUGGACGUGGACGCGGACGUGGACGUGGACGUGGACGUGGACGUGGACGUGGACGCGGACGUGGACGUGGACGUGGACGUGGACGUGGACGUGGACGUGGACGGACGUGGACGUGGACGUGGACGUGGACGUGGACGUGGACGUGGACGGACGGACGUGGACGUGGACGUGGACGUGGACAUGGACGUGGACAUGGACGUGGACGUGGACAUGGACGUGGACAUGGACGUGGACGUGGAGGUAGACGUGGACGUGGACGUGGACGUGGACAUGGACGUGGACAUGGACGUGGACAUGGACGUGGACAUGGACGUGGACGUGGACGUGGACGUGGACGUGGACGUGGACGUGGACGUGGACGUGGACGUGGACGUGGACGUGGACGUGGACGUGGACGUGGACGUGGAGGUGGACGUGGACGUGGACGUGGAGGUGGACGUGGAGGUGGACGUGGACGUGGACGUGGACGUGGAGGUAGACGUGGACGUGGACGUGGACGUGGACGUGGACGUGGACCUGGACGUGGACGUGGACGUGGACGUGGACGUGGACAUGGACGUGGACGUGGACGUGGACGUGGACAUGGACGUGGACAUGGACGUGGACGUGGACAUGGACGUGGACGUGGAGGUAGCCGUGGACAUGGACGUGGACAUGGACAUGGACGUGGACGUGGAGGUAGACGUGGAGGUAGACGUGGACAUGGACGUGGACGUGGACGUGGACGUGGACAUGGACGUGCACAUGGACGUGGACAUGGACGUGGACAUGGACGUGGACGUGGACGUGGACGUGAACGUGGACAUGGACGUGAACGUGGACGUGGACAUGGACGUGGACGUGGACAUGGACGUGGACAUGGACGUGGACGUGGAUGAAGACGUGGACGUGGACGUGGACGUGGAAGUGGACGUGGACGUGAACGUGGACGUGAACGUGGACAUGGACGUAGACGUGGACGUGGAGGACUUUGACGUGGACAUGGACGUGGACGUGGACGUGGACGUGGACGUGGACGUGGACGUGAACGUGGACAUGGACGUGGACAUGGACAUGGACGUGGACGUGGACGUGGACGUGGUCAUGGACGUGGACGUGGACGUGGACGUGGACGUGGACGGGGACGUGGACGUGGACGUGGACACGGACGUGGACGUGAACGUGGAGGACUUGGACGUGGAGGACUUGGACGUGGACGUGGACGUGGACGUGGACGUGGACGUGGACAUGGACGUGGACAUGGACGUGGACGUGGACGUGGACGUGGACGUGGUCAUGGACGUGGACGUGGACGUGGACGUGGACGGGGACGUGGACGUGGACGUGGACACGGACGUGGACGUGAACGUGGAGGACUUGGACGUGGAGGACUUGGACGUGGACGUGGACGUGGACGUGGACGUGGACGUGGACGUGGUCGUGGACGUGGAUGUGGACAUGGACGUGGUCGUGGUCGACGUGGACGUGGAGGACGUGGACGUGGACGUGGAGGACGUGGACGUGGACGUGGUCGUGGACGUGGACGUUGACGUGGACGUGGACGUGGAGGACUUGGACGUGGACAUGGACGUGGACGUGGACGUGGACGUGGACGUGGACGUGGACGUGGACGUGGACGUGGACGUGGACGUGGACGUGGACGUGGACGUGGACGUGGACGUGGACCUGGACGUGGACCUGGACGUGGACCAGGACGUGGACGUGGACGUGGACGUGGACGUGGACGUGGACGUGGACGUGGACGUGGACGUGGACGUGGACAUGGACGUAGACUUGGACGUGGACGUGGACGUGGACCUGGACGUGGACGUGGACGUGGACCUGGACGUGGACGUGGACGUGGACGUGGACGUGGACAUGGACGUGGACGUGGACGUGGACAUGGACGUGGAAGUGGACGUGGACGUGGACGUGGACGUGGACGUGGACAUGGACGAGGACGUGGACGUGGACAUGGACGAGGACGUGGACGUGGACGUGGACGUGGACAUGGACGUGGACGUGGACGUGGACAUGGUCGUGGACGUGGACGUGGACGCAGACGUGGACGUGGACGUGGACGUGGACGUGGAGAUGGACGUGGACAUGGACGUGGACGUGGAGAUGGACUUGGACAUGGACUUGGACGUGGACGUGGACGUGGACGUGGACGUGGACGUGGACGUGGACGUGGACGUGGACGUGGACGUGGACGUGGAGAUGGACGUGGAGAUGGACGUGGAGAUGGACGUGGACGGGGACGGGGACGUGGACGCGGACGUGGACGCGGACGUGGACGCGGACGUGGACGCGGACGUGGACGCGGACGUGGACGCGGACGUGGACGCGGACGUGGACGCGGACGUGGACGCGGACGUGGACGUGGACGUGGACGUGGACGUGGACGUGGACGUGGACGUGGACGUGGACGUGGACGUGGACGUGGACAUGGACAUGGACAUAGACAUGGACAUAGACAUGGACGUGGACAUGGACGUGGACAUGGACGUGGACAUGGACGUGGACAUGGACGUGGACGUGGACAUGGGCGUGGACAUAGACAGGGACGUGGACGUGGACGUGGACGUGGACAUGGACGUGGACAUGGACGUGGACGUGGACAUGGACGUGGACAUGGACGUGGACGUGGAGGUAGACGUGGACGUGGACGUGGACGUGGACAUGGACGUGGACAUGGACGUGGACAUGGACGUGGACAUGGACGUGGACGUGGACGUGGACGUGGACGUGGACGUGGACGUGGACGUGGACGUGGACGUGGACGUGGACGUGGACGUGGACGUGUACGUGGACGUGGACGUGGACGUGGAGGUGGACGUGGACGUGGACGUGGACGUGGACGUGGAGGUGGACGUGGACGUGGACGUGGACGUGGAGGUAGACGUGGAGGUGGACGUGGACGUGGACGUGGACGUGGACAUGGACGUGGACGUGGACCUGGACGUGGACGUGGACGUGGACGUGGACAUGGACUUGGACGUGGACGUGGACGUGGACAUGGACGUGGACAUGGACGUGGACGUGGACAUGGACGUGGACGUGGAGGUAGACGUGGACAUGGACGUGGACGUGGACAUGGACGUGGACGUGGAGGUAGACGUGGAGGUAGACGUGGACAUGGACGUGGACGUGGACGUGGACGUGGACAUGGACGUGCACAUGGACGUGGACAUGGACGUGGACAUGGACGUGGACGUGGACGUGGACGUGAACGUGGACAUGGACGUGAACGUGGACGUGGACAUGGACGUGGACGUGGACAUGGACGUGGACAUGGACGUGGACGUGGACGUGGACGAAGACGUGGACGUGGACGUGGACGUGGAAGUGGACGUGGACGUGAACGUGGACGUGAACGUGGACAUGGACGUAGACGUGGACGUGGAGGACUUUGACGUGGACAUGGACGUGGACGUGGACGUGGACGUGGACGUGGACGUGGACGUGGACAUGGACGUGGACAUGGACGUGGACGUGGACGUGGACGUGGACGUGGUCAUGGACGUGGACGUGGACGUGGACGUGGACGGGGACGUGGACGUGGACGUGGACACGGACGUGGACGUGAACGUGGAGGACUUGGACGUGGAGGACUUGGACGUGGACGUGGACGUGGACGUGGACGUGGACGUGGACGUGGACAUGGACGUGGACAUGGACGUGGACGUGGACGUGGACGUGGACGUGGUCAUGGACGUGGACGUGGACGUGGACGUGGACGGGGACGUGGACGUGGACGUGGACACGGACGUGGACGUGAACGUGGAGGACUUGGACGUGGAGGACUUGGACGUGGACGUGGACGUGGACGUGGACGUGGACGUGGACGUGGUCGUGGACGUGGAUGUGGACAUGGACGUGGUCGUGGUCGACGUGGACGUGGAGGACGUGGACGUGGACGUGGAGGACGUAGACGUGGACGUGGUCGUGGACGUGGACGUUGACGUGGACGUGGAGGACUUGGACGUGGACGUGGACGUGGACGUGGACGUGGACGUGGACGUGGACGUGGACGUGGACGUGGACGUGGACGUGGACGUGGACGUGGACGUGGACGUGGACGUGGACGUGGACGUGGACGUGGACCUGGACGUGGACGUGGACGUGGACGUGGACGUGGACGUGGACGUGGACGUGGACGUGGACGUGGACGUGGACAUGGACGUGGACGUGGACGUGGACGUGGACAUGGACGUGGAAGUGGACGUGGACGUGGACGUGGACGUGGACGUGGACAGGGACGAGGACGUGGACGUGGACAUGGACGUGGUCGUGGUCGACGUGGACGUGGAGGACGUGGACGUGGACGUGGAGGACGUAGACGUGGACGUGGUCGUGGACGUGGACGUUGACGUGGACGUGGACGUGGAGGACUUGGACGUGGACAUGGACGUGGACGUGGACGUGGACGUGGACGUGGACGUGGACGUGGACGUGGACGUGGACGUGGACGUGGACGUGGACGUGGACGUGGACGUGGACCUGGACGUGGACCUGGACGUGGACGUGGACGUGGACGUGGACGUGGACGUGGACGUGGACGUGGACGUGGACAUGGACGUGGACGUGGACGUGGACGUGGACAUGGACGUGGAAGUGGACGUGGACGUGGACGUGGACGUAGACGUGGACGUGGACAGGGACGAGGACGUGGACGUGGACAUGGACGAGGACGUGGACGUGGACGUGGACGUGGACAUGGACGUGGACGUGGACGUGGACAUGGUCGUGGACGUGGACGUGGACGUAGACGUGGACGUGGACGUGGACGUGGACGUGGAGAUGGACGUGGACAUGGACGUGGACGUGGAGAUGGACUUGGACAUGGACUUGGACGUGGACGUGGACGUGGACGUGGACGUGGACGUGGACGUGGACGUGGACAUGGACGUGGACGUGGAGGUGGACGUGGAGAUGGACGUGGACGUGGAGGUGGACGUGGACAUGGACGUGGACAUGGACGUGGACGUGGACAUGGACGUGGACGUGGACGUGGACGUGGACGUGGAGAUGGACGUGGACAUGGACGUGGACGUGGACAUGGACGUGGACGUGGACGUGGACGUGGUCAUGGACAUGGACGUGGACAUGGACGUGGACGUGCACAUGGACGUGGACGUGGACGUGGACGUACACGUGGACGUGCACGUGGACGUGGACGUGCACAUGGACGUGAACGUGGACGUGGACAUGGACGUGGACAUGGACGUGGCCAUGGACGUGGACGUGGCCGUGGACGUGGCCGUGGACGUGGACGUGGACGUGGACGUGGACUUGGACAUGGACGUGGACAUGGACGUGGACGUGGACGUGGACGUGGACGUGGACGUGGACGUGGACAUUGUCGUGGACGUGGACGUGGACGUGGAUGUGGACAUUGUCGUGGACGUGGACGUGGACGUGGACGUGGUCAUGGACAUGGACGUGGACAUGGACGUGGACGUGUACAUGGACAUGGACGUGGACGUGGACGUGGACGUGGACGUGGACAUGGACGUGGACGUGGAUGUGGACGUGGACAUGGACGUAGACGAGGACGUGGACGUGGACGUGGACGUGGCCGUGGACGUAGACGUGGACGUGGACGUGGCCGUGGACGUGGACAUGGACGUGGACAUGGAGGUGGACGUGGACGUGGACAUGGAGGUGGACGUGGAGGUGGAGGUGGACGUGGAGGUGGAGGUGGACGUGGACGUGGACGUGGACGUGGACAUGGUCGUGGACGUGGACGUGGACGUGGACAUGGUCGUGGUCGUGGACGUGGACGUGGACGUGCACGUGGUCGUGGACGUGGACGUGGACGUCGACAUGGACGUGGACGUGGACGUGGACGUGGACAUGGACGUGGACGUGGACGUGGACAUGGACGUGCACGUGGACGUGGACGUGGACGUGGACGUUGACAUGGACGUGGACGUGGAGGUGGACGUGGACGUGAACGUGGACGUGGACGUGGACGUGGACAUGGACGUGGACGUGGACGUGGACAGGGACGUGGACGUGGACGUGAACUUGGACGUGGACAUGGUCGUGGACAUGGACGUGGACAUGGACGUGGACGUAGACGUGGACGUGGACUUGGACGUGGACGUGGAGGUGGACGUGGACGUGGACGUGGACGUGGACGUGGACGUGGUCGUGGACGUGGACGUGGACGUGGUUGUAGACGUGGACGUGGACUUGGACGUGGACGUGGACGUGGACGUGGACGUGGACAUGGACGUGGACGUGGACAUGGACGUGGACGUGAACGUGGACAUGGUCGUGGACAUGGACGUGGACGUGGACGUGGACAUGGACGUGGACGUGGACAUGGACAUGGACGUGGACGUGGACGUGGACGUGAACGUGGACGUGGACAUGGUCGUGGACGUGGACGUGGACUUGGACGUGGACGUGGACGUGGACGUGGACGAGGACGUAGACGUGGACGUGGACGUGGACGUGGAGGACGUGGACGUGGACGUGGACAUGGACGAGGACGUGGACGUGGACGUGGACGUGGUCGAGGAGCAUGUCUGGUCCAAGGGCUUGCGCGAUCCAGGAGCUUGCGUGGUCCAGGAGCUUGCUUGGUCCAGGAGCUUGCCUGGUCCAGGAGCUUGCCUUGUCUAG